AUGUCCACCGACGGCUUUGAGAACUGCGUCUCCGGUACAUUCUACGGCUUCACCGACUCCGAGAAUAACGAGUUCCACCCCGGUGACACCUUCAAUCUUCAGUGGGGAGCGAUCGAUGGCGGAAACACACCCCUCAAUAUCUCGUUGGGACGUGCAGGAGGGACCCUGAUUGACAAAAUCGUGGCCGGCGCUUCAUUCUCCACCAGCAGCAGCCUUUACCGACUCGUUGUGAACGACACCGCAAACUGCACCCUGGAGCAAUACAGCUGGGCGAUCCCCGCAGACUUCAACACCACCAACCCGCAAUACCAAGUCGGCCUGUUCGAUGCCUCGGCGAAGCUCGGCACCGCGGGAGUUGCCCUGUACGGAUGGAAAUCCUGGAGUCCUUAUUUCUACGUCAGGGAGAAAUCGACGACAACAACCUCAACCACCGCUACCGGUACAUCGGCGACAGCCUUGCUGACGGGGACCGGCGAGUCGGCCCCGUCGGGCGUCACGGCAACCUCCACAUCGACAUCCACCUCGUCGGGUUCAAAUUCCUCCAAAAUCGGCAUCGGCGUUGGCGUCGGAGUUGGAGGCGCGGCUGUCAUUCUGCUUCUUCUAUUUGCGGUCUACUUCCUGCGUCGACGCAGGAGGGCUAACCCACAAGAGGGAGCCCCGGCUCCCAUACCAGAGACCAUGUCCAUGGCUCCGGCGGAGCUACCAGCCGUGGAAUUGCCCGGCAAUAAGAAACAGCAGCGAAAUGUAUUAUAUGAGAUGCAAGGGUAG